CAUCCCCCAAGUAUCCCCAUCCAUCAUCGAUGGCGGAAGAGUACCGCCGCCGCUUAGACAACAAUGUUGAGUCGUUGAUUGAGAACUUCCGCGGGCUGGUCACUGUGAGCAAGAUCAAGGACAGAACGCAGACAUCCAGACAGGCGCUCCAGAGUUCCGUGUACGCGACGACCUUGGUACAUGCAGGGGAGUCACUGCUCAAGCUCAUUGCCGAACUUAAGCUGUCGUUGACCCUCAACGACUUCGAAGGCAUCAACCAGCAAGUGGACGCUACCAGCGAAUCCCUCAAGGAGAAAUGCGACGACGUGGACACGUCCAUCGAGCACUUGUGCUCGGACGUUGCGGCCGCGCUGUUCGAAUUGGAGAACCACUACGCCCAGAGCAAGUGGCGCCAUCCCACCCCGGACGGCGCUGCCAACCCGCCCCUUCUUCCUUAGAUAUAUAUAUAUAUAUACGCGAUCUUCGAAUUCACACACAAUAGUCAUCUUAGUCGUCCUCAUCGUCCGAGUCUCCUUCGUCGUCGUCCAUAUCCAGGUCGUCAUCGUCGUCGGGGACGGUUGCCCCCAAGGGAGGAUUCGCCGACGACGUCGCGGAUGUCUUGGCCGUCGCCGGCAGCAGCGCAUGCAGUUGGUCUGUCUUGGGCUGCUGGACUGCCGCCGCCUCGCCUUUCUCCUUGACCUUCCACUCGGCCAUGCGUUGCGCGUUCUCCCUGUCCGCCAGCGGUUGAUAGCUACGUUGUAUAUAUAUCCUUGUUCAUAUGGAGGAUCAAGUACGAGAUAUAUAUAUCUACCUAGCUCGCUGCUCUUCAGUCAGCUUUUGCCACAUCUCCCCCAGCAGUCUCGACGCUUCCUUGGCACUUGCAUUUGGGUUUUGCGCCAUCAGCUUCUUCCGCCAUUGCCUACCAACCACACAUAUUGUGUUCGACUAAGUUAAUACCUGCAAAAGAUCAAAAAUG